CCUUCUCUCUCCACCUUUCCUCUUCCCACAGGUAAAGCAGACGCUUCACCUUGCUCUGAGAACCAACUCAAUGGCAUUAUUACCAGUGUUGCUGUUUCUGGCUGCCGUGUUGCUUCCAUUCUUUCCUGCAAGUGGACAGGAUCCAGGUUUUGCUGCUUUGUCAAUCACCAAAAGCGAAGUCCAAAGAGAGAUUGUAAAUAAACACAAUGACCUAAGGAGAAGAGUCUCUCCACUUGCCAGUAACAUGCUGAAGAUGCAAUGGGACAGCAAGACAGCAACAAAUGCCCAAAACUGGGCCAACAAGUGCCUUCUCCAACACAGUAAAGCAGAAGAUCGCGCAGUCGGUACAAUGAAAUGUGGUGAGAAUCUCUUUAUGUCGAGUAUACCUAAUUCCUGGUCAGAUGCAAUCCAAAAUUGGCAUGAUGAGGUCCAUGAUUUUAAAUACGGCGUGGGGCCAAAGACUCCCAAUGCAGUAGUUGGACAUUAUACCCAGGUUGUUUGGUACUCAUCUUACCGUGUUGGAUGUGGAAUAGCCUAUUGUCCCAAACAAGGAACUCUAAAAUACUACUAUGUUUGCCAAUAUUGUCCUGCUGGUAAUUAUGUGAAUAAAAUAAAUACUCCUUAUGAACAAGGAAAACCUUGUGCCCGUUGCCCUGGUAACUGUGACAAUGGACUAUGCACCAAUAGCUGCGAGUAUGAAGAUCUCGUUAGUAACUGCGAUUCCUUGAAGAAAAUAGCUGGCUGUGAACAUGAAUUGCUCAAGGAAAAGUGCCAGGCUACUUGUCAAUGUGAAAACAAAAUUUACUGAAGUUCCAAUGUGCAUUGCGCAAGACUAAGUGGAGAAGGGCUGCAUCCUUUGGUUGACACAUACCAGAGGGGAAAUUAUAGGCAUGCUAGUUGCAAAGCUGAUUCCAAACCAUAAUGCAUCUUUUUCUCCUGGAUCUUUACAGAAAUCUCUUCCAUACAAUGAUUUACAAAAUCAGAGUAGUCUGUGAUGACAACUUUGGGCUUUGAUAUAAAUUUGGUACUUUAAAUGUAAUAAAUUGAAUCAAUUGGAGAUUUUGAAAGUUGUAUAACCAUAAGACUUAGGUUCCUAGAACUUUGGAUUAAAACGAAGAAUUACAUGUUUCCUGAAACAGCAUGCCCCCCAAAAAUUUACAGACUAACAAAUCAUUGUUAUUCCUAAUACAUGAUUUUUUACCUGUAUAAAGAAUGAAUUCAAAGAUUGA